GGCUGAUUUUCCAAAGGUCCUGAGUUCAAUUCCCAGCAACCACAUGAUGGCUCAUAACCAUCUAUAACGAGAUCUAAUGCCCUUUUCUGGCGUGCAGGUGUACAUGCAGGUAGAACACUGUAUAGAUAAUAAAUAAAUCUUUAAAAAAACAGCUGUAAGAGUUAAAACUGACAGAGAAUACUUCAAAACAUCGCAUUGCACUUCACAAAUAUACUUAUUUUUCAAAAAUUUAAAAAGACAUAAGAAUGGUAAAAUUUACCAAAAACCUGAAGCAUUAUAUAGACAUAAAAGUUAUAUUUUAUAUGCAGUGACAUAGAAUUAAUAUUCUUUUUAUGUAAAUUAAAUUUGUUUUUAGCUAUUAAAACAACAGAAAUUUUACAUAUUUAUAGAACAAUUUAUUAGUUACUUUUGCAUCACUGGUUAAAAUAUAAAAAUGAUUUAAGGCAGGGAAAAUUUAUUGUGCUACAGUUUCAGAAAGUUACAGUCUUAUUCUGGGAGGACUCAUGGCUUUUGGAUUGUUGUGAGACAGUUUGCGUAAGGGCAGACAAGGAGGCAGAGACAGCUAAUCUGCACCCAGAGAUGGUUAUAAUGUUCACAUCGCCUGUCCUCACUGAUUUCCUUCUUCUAGCCAGAGCCCUCCUGUUAAAGGCUCCGCACCUUCAAAACACUGCCAUAGGCUAGGGACUGAGAAUUCAAAAUAUUAGCCUAUAUAAGCCUAUACAGUUUAGAUUCAAGCCAUAAGAGGUACCAUGUGCCCAUGUGAUGUUUUGAUAUGCGCGUGCAUUGUAAAAUAUUGAAAUCAUGUUAAAUAUGCCGAUCUCAAAAACUUAUCACUUGUUUGUGCUGAAAAUAUAAAAACCUUACCAAGUUUUUAAAUAUACAGCCAUUAUUGUUUUUAUAGUUAUUUACAUUUUUAAAAAAUACAUUUUAGAAAUUACAUGUGUAUUUUCUGUUAAUAGCACAUAUCAAUGUAUGAGUUGAAUUUUUUCAUAUGUACAUGCUCUGUAUUCACAUGUUAUUUGUGAUUAUUCUAGGUGUGAUAAUUUAUUUGAGAGGCUAAGGCUGAGAUAGGAUUGUGAGUUUGAGGCCAGCCUGGACUAUACAGCAAGUUGAAGGCCAAUAAGAAUUAUUGGAGCCAGAAACUAUCUCCAAAAAAAGAAAGAAAGAAAGAGAGGAAAAGAGAGAAAGAAAGAAAUACAAAAUACCCCCUACUUCCCACACAAUUGUAAAAUAAGAUUCACAUCUCAAAGGCUUUCCACUUAAAGAUUAUGUGAAACGUUCCUUUGGGCUCUAAUAACAAAGGGUCAUUGUGACUUUUUCAAGGGAAGGAGCCACAGAAUGAUGACAGCAUAUGAAAGUUCCAAGUACUCCAAGGCACUGGGUGGAGGUAUAUAAUGCCAGCAAUAGCUGUGGCAUGGUGAUGAUGGCAGUGGUCCAGAUUUGACGUUUUACAAGGGUUACUUACAGAGUCAGAUGGGCAAGACUUCACAGAGGAAGCAACGUGACUGUGAGAAUUCAUCAAAGCCAAAGCCUUGUUUAAGCACCUCAAUCCCCUUGAGGAUGUCCAGUUACACAUUCAAGAGGCCAGUCACUAGAAUCACAUCGCAUCUGGGCAAUGAGGUAAGAUACCAUCAGUGGGAGGAGACCUUGGAGAAGCCUGAACAAGCCUGCUGGCAGAAGAGACUGCAAGGACUCCAGGCCUGCAGCAGUGCAGGAGAACUCUUGAGCACUUCAGACCUUGCCAAAGCUCUGCAAGACCUUACACCUAGAGACACAGAUGCAUCUGUUUCAGGGACUCAAACCAACAGCAUUGACCCCAGGCUCAUGCCCACCCUUGAGUCAACUUCACAUUUGGCGAAGAUGAUUCCAGAAGCAAAUAUCCCACAGAUCCUUUGCAAACAAUUUCUGGUAACUGAAGAGGAUAUUAGUAACCAGGAAAGAAAAGUGAAGAAAGCAAGAGAAAGAUUGACAGUUGCAUUGAUUGCACACAGGAUAGCAAAUGAGGCAGAAAAAGUGAGGGGGCUAAGUAAGGAAAACUUAUAAAUGCGGUUAGGGGUAGGGGGAGUGGGAAGAAGAUACUGGAUGAAAUGGGGAAUGGCCUUGUUUUAAUACCUCUUUUCAGUGUAUUUUGUUGUUUUGAGACCUUGAAACUUUAAACUUAGCAAUACUUUAUUAAAGUGUUUGUGCAAUGUGAAAA